AUGUAAUGUUUUCUUAGAUCCAGAUUUAAAAGCUGGCAGUCCUACAUUCCUCUUUUGCUUCACAUGGACCAUUCUUGGCCAUUGGAUCCUCAAAUGCAAGUUUUUCUCUGGCAUGGUUGUCUUAUCCUUUUCCCUCAGAGAGAAUAAAUCCAUAAAUCUCAAAUUCUCAUUACCCAAAAGCAAUUGUUUUUAUCUCAGAUAAAGAAUGAAUUUAAUUCCAAAUUUUGACUUUUCGUGUGGAAUCUUCUCAGUCGGUUCUUCUCUUAUAGUCCAUUCAAUUGAUGAUGAUGUCUGAAGACUCUGAACUCCACUCCGUUUACAUUCAAAAACAACACGACUCUAGUGUUAAUAACACUGAUACUCAGAUUCAGAAAUGGAUAAGAAAAAUAAAUUGGUUUUCGCCAUUAAUGGUGAGAGAUUUCAGAUAUCCAAUAUCUAUGAUCAUUCUACUACUCUACUUGAAUUCAUACGAACGCAGACUCGUUUCACCGGAACUAAGCUUAGCUGUGGAGAAGGUGGAUGUGGGGCUUGCGUUGUUCUUUUGUCCAAGUAUGAUCCUGUGCAUGAAAAGGUUGAGGAUUUUACAGUGAGUUCAUGCUUGACACUUCUUUCCAGUAUAAAUGGGUGUUCAAUUACAACGACUGAAGGCCUAGGAAACAUUAAAGACGGGUUCCACACCAUCCACAAAAGAAUCUCUGGAUUCCAUGCUUCUCAGUGUGGGUUUUGUACUCCAGGCAUGUGUAUGUCUCUCUUCUCUGCUCUUGUUAACGCUGAAAAAACACAAGCGGCAAAUCUGCGUCCUGGAUUUUCCAAGCUCACAAAGUCAGAAGCUGAGAAGGCAAUUUCAGGUAACCUUUGUCGGUGCACAGGUUAUCGUCCAAUAGCUGAUGCCUGCAAAAGUUUUGCAGCUGAUGUCGACAUGGAAGAUCUAGGUUUGAAUUCCUUAUGGAAGAAGGGAGAUAGCGAAAGUGAAAAGAUUGGUAAUUUACCCUCAUAUAACCCUAGCAAUGAGAUUUGCACCUUUCCUGAGUUCUUAAAGACUGAAACUAAAUCCAAAAUCCUCUGGGAUUCAAAGGGGCAAUGCUGGCACAAUCCUUUUAGUAUUGAGGAACUUGAGCAUUUAAUGGAAUCCAUAGAAUCUGAAAAUGGCACUAGUGUUAAGCUAGUUGUUGGUAAUACGAGUACAGGCUAUUACAAGGAGGUUGAUUACUGCAACAACUACAUCAACCUUAAAUAUAUUCCAGAACUCUCAAUGAUCUUAAAUGAUGACGCUGGGAUUGAAAUUGGAGCAGCUGUGACGAUCUCUGAUGCUAUCCAAGCUUUGGAGGAAGGAGCAAAAAAAGGGCCUAACUCAGCAGGCAAUCUUGUAUUCAGCAAAAUUUCCGACCAUAUGAAGAAGGUUGCAUCAGAGUUUGUCCGCAAUUCUGCGAGUUUGGGAGGAAAUUUGGUCAUGGCACAAAGGAAUCAGUUUCCCUCGGAUAUUGCAACUAUACUUCUUGCAGCAGGUUCAUCUCUCAUCAUACUUAGUGGCUCCAAAAGAGCAAAAGUUACAUUAGAGGAGUUCUUAAGUAGUCCACCUUGUAAUUCAAAGACUGUAAUAUUAAGUAUCAGAAUUCCACUUUGGGCCUCAAUGAACAUUUCUUCUUGUCAGAGUGAAUCCGGAUUGAUGUUUCAGACAUACCGAGCUGCACCACGACCCCUUGGGAAUGCCUUGUCAUACCUUAAUGCUGCUUUCUUGGCCGAGGUUUCACUCUCUAAAAUAUCUGGUUGUAGUGUACUAGAAAAGCUUCAGUUGGCUUUUGGUGCUUAUGGGACAAAGCAUGCAAUAAGAGCAAGAAAGGUUGAGGAAUCUUUAAUUGGUAGAUCCCUUAGUAAAGAUGUACUGCUUGACGCCAUAAAUAUUCUUAGAGCCACAAUAAUACCUGAAGAGGGAACUUCAAGUCCUGCUUACCGGUCAAGCUUGGCUGUCAGUUUCCUCUUUGACUUUCUUCACCCUCUUAUUAGAGUUGGUACUGCAAUUCCGAAUGAUGGAUUGACCAGAUAUAUUAAUUCUUCAGAGUUUACUGCUUCCAAAUGUAACGGUAGUUAUGAUCAGUGUUCACAUGACAAUAAGGAGGGUUUGCUCUCUUCUGGGAGGCAAGUCAUAGAAGUCAGUAGGGAGUUUCAUCCAGUCGGUCAGCCUACUAAAAAAGUUGGAGCCGAGAAUCAAGCUUCUGGUGAAGCUGUAUACGUGGAUGAUAUUCCUUCUCCCAAGGAUUGCCUUCAUGGAGCAAUGAUAUGUAGCAAAAAGCCCUUGGCACAGAUUAAGAAUGUAGAACUUAAGUCACUGCCUUCACCAGAUGGAGUUGUUAAGGUUAUUUCUCUUGAAGACGUCCCUAAAGGAGGGGAAAAUGUAGGAAGUAAGACAGUGUUUGAUACUGAACCCCUAUUUGCUGAUGGACUUGCUGAAUUUGCGGGCCAGAUGCUUGGCUUUGUGGUUGCAGAUACGCAGAAACAUGCAGAUAUGGCGGCAGAUGGCGCAGUGGUUGAGUACGACACUGAAAAUCUUGAACCGCCCAUUUUAUCAGUAGAAGAUGCUGUUGCUAGGUCCAGCUUCUUUGAGGUACCACCUUUCCUUUACCCAAAGCAGGUAGGAGAUUUUUCGAAAGGAAUGAGCGAUGCAGAUCACAGAAUUGUCUCCGCAGAGAUCAAACUUGGAUCUCAGUACUUCUUCUAUAUGGAGACACAAACUGCCCUUGCAGUUCCAGAUGAAGAUAACUGCAUGGUUGUUUACAGCUCCAGUCAGUGCCCAGAGUACACACAGAUUGUAAUUGCUAAAUGCCUAGGUCUUCCAGAGAAUAACGUCCGUGUGAUAACGAGAAGAGUUGGAGGCGGGUUUGGUGGGAAGGCCCUGAAAUCGAUGCCUGUUGCAGCAGCAUGUGCAGUUGCUGCUCACAAACUACGCCGUCCUGUCCGAGCUUACCUCAAUCGCAAGAUUGAUAUGAUAAUGGCAGGAGGAAGACACCCAAUGAAAAUCAAUUACAGUGUGGGCUUCAAAUCUGAUGGAAAGAUCACUGCUCUACAUCUUGAUAUACUAAUCAAUGCGGGAGCGUUUCAAGAUAUAAGCCCAAUCAUGCCAAAUAAUAUGGUGGGUUCACUGAAGAAGUAUGACUGGGGAGCUUUAUCUUUUGAUAUAAAGAUUUGUAAGACAAAUCUUUCUAGUAAGACAGCCAUGAGAGCACCAGGAGAGGUGCAGGGAUCCUUUAUUUGUGAGGCUGUGGUUGAGCAUGUAGCGUCAUUUCUUUCAUUGGAAGUAGAUGCUGUCAGAAAAAGAAAUAUACAUACAUAUGAGAGCCUCAAGUUAUUUUAUCAGGAGAGUGCGGGUGAACCUCUAGAGUAUACUAUGCCCUUGAUUUUAGAUAGAUUAGCUGUAUCUUCCAGGUUCCACCAAAGGGUAGAAGAAAUAAGACAGUUUAACACCUCUAACAAGUGGAUAAAAAGAGGAAUCUCCCGAGUACCCAUAUUUCAGGAGGUGAUGCUGAGACCAACCCCAGGUAAAGUGAGCAUUCUCAAUGACGGAUCGGUGGUGGUUGAAGUUGGAGGUAUUGAGUUAGGUCAAGGACUUUGGACAAAGGUGAAGCAGAUGGCGGCAUUUUCUCUGAGUCCCGUAGAGUGUGAUGGAAGUAAGGAUCUCUUGGAGCGGGUUCGGGUCAUUCAGACUGAUACCUUGAGCUUGGUACAAGGAGGAUUUACUGCUGGGAGCACUACCUCAGAGUCAAGUUGUGAAGCAGUUCGCUUUUGCUGUCAUGCGUUGGUUGAAAGAUUGAUCAUACUCAAGGAACGGUUACUAGAGAAGAUGGGUCCACUUUCAUGGGAUAAUUUAAUAGUUCAGGCACAUCUCCAAUCUGUCAACUUAUCUGCAAGUACUUACUAUGUUCCCGAUUUCAGUUCAAUGCGUUAUCUGAACUAUGGUGCCGCAGUGAGUGAGGUGGAGAUUGAUCUUCUCACAGGAGAAACCAGUAUCUUGCAAACAGAUAUCGUCUAUGAUUGUGGCCAGAGCUUAAACCCUGCUGUUGACUUGGGACAGGUUGAGGGCGCUUUUGUUCAGGGAGUAGGGUUUUUUAUGUUGGAGGAGUACCUGACGAACUCUGAAGGAUUGGUGGUGUCUGAUGGAACAUGGAACUACAAGAUCCCAACUAUUGACACUAUCCCCAGACAGUUCAAUGUCGAGAUACUGAACAGUGGACAUCAUAAGAAACGUGUUCUGUCCUCUAAAGCUUCUGGUGAGCCACCUUUACUUAUGGCUGCUUCAGUUCACUGUGCAACGAGGGACGCCAUUAAAGAAGCAAGAAAACAGGUUCUCUCUUGGAGUGGGUCAGAAUCAGGAUCAGAAGCAUCAUCUUAUUCAACAUUCCAACUGGAAGUCCCAGCAACCAUGCCUGUAGUGAAGGAGCUAUGCGGACUUGAUAAUGUCGAGAAGUACUUAAAAAGCUUAGUAGCUUCACAUUGAAGGAAUUAUCUCCGAAUUAGCAUGUAUUUUUAUGUUAUUAGUAUUCAACCAUUGCUUGUUUACACGUCCGGUGUAAAUCAUCCAUCAGUUUUGUCUAGUUGUAGUUUCUGCUUUAAAACAGAGGGUCUAUUCAUUGUCUAACAAUAAAAACUAGUAAUAAGCAAACAAAA